AUCAUAUGCCGGCGUUUCUGCGGAUGAGCGUGGAAGAGUAAAUAUCCAUCAUCGUGGGCUGUAUAAAUACAUCCCGCCAUACGAUAAGUAACUUAGACCCAUUGUACCAGCGAACCAGGUUGUUAUACUCACAUCUUUAAACAUAAUGAGGGAAAUAGUUCAUCUUCAGGCUGGUCAAUGUGGGAACCAAAUCGGUGCCAAGUUCUGGGAGGUUAUUUCUGAUGAACACGGAAUUGACCCGACCGGUACCUACCAUGGAGAUUCCGACCUUCAGUUGGAGAGGAUCAACGUGUACUACAAUGAAGCCACAGGUAAUAAAUAUGUUCCCCGAGCUGUCUUGGUUGAUUUGGAGCCCGGAACCAUGGACUCUGUCCGAUCUGGUCCUUUUGGACAGAUCUUCAGACCAGACAACUUUGUGUUCGGACAGAGUGGUGCUGGAAACAACUGGGCUAAGGGGCAUUACACAGAAGGUGCUGAGCUCGUAGACUCUGUUCUUGAUGUUGUUCGUAAAGAAUCAGAAAGUUGUGAUUGUCUUCAGGGAUUCCAGCUUACACAUUCUCUUGGUGGUGGUACCGGAUCCGGAAUGGGAACUCUCCUCAUUUCCAAAAUCCGUGAAGAAUACCCUGACAGGAUCAUGAACACAUUCUCCGUUGUACCAUCACCCAAGGUAUCGGACACUGUGGUCGAACCAUACAACGCCACCCUCUCCGUCCACCAGCUUGUUGAGAACACAGAUGAGACCUACUGUAUCGACAACGAGGCUCUCUACGAUAUCUGCUUCCGUACCCUCAAACUCACAACACCCACAUACGGUGACUUGAACCAUCUCGUCUCCGCCACCAUGUCCGGAGUCACCACCUGUCUCCGAUUCCCCGGUCAACUGAACGCCGAUCUCCGUAAAUUGGCUGUCAACAUGGUUCCCUUCCCCCGUCUCCAUUUUUUCAUGCCUGGUUUCGCUCCUCUUACAUCUCGUGGUAGCCAGCAGUACAGGGCUCUUACUGUCCCAGAGCUGACCCAACAGAUGUUCGACGCAAAGAACAUGAUGGCUGCCUGUGAUCCUCGUCACGGACGUUAUCUAACAGUUGCUGUUGUGUUCCGUGGACGUAUGUCCAUGAAAGAGGUUGAUGAACAACUCCUGAACGUCCAGAACAAGAACAGCAGCUACUUCGUUGAAUGGAUCCCCAACAACACAAAGAUAGCCGUCUGUGAUAUCCCACCACGUGGUCUUAAGAUGUCUGGUACCUUCAUUGGUAACAGCACCGCCAUCCAGGAGCUCUUUAAGCGUGUUUCGGAGCAGUUCACCGCUAUGUUCCGUCGUAAGGCUUUCUUGCAUUGGUACACUGGUGAGGGUAUGGACGAGAUGGAGUUCACAGAGGCCGAAUCCAACAUGAACGACUUGGUGUCCGAGUACCAACAGUACCAGGAUGCCACAGCCGACGAAGAAGGGGAAUUCGAUGACGAGGAACAGGAUGAUGAGACAUAAGAUGAACUCAACCAAUAAAACAUGUCAAAUCGGACAAAGAUCCUCUAUUCGAAUAAUCUUUGUUUCAAUUGUAAGCUCGUUGUGAAAAAUCCACAAUAAACAUUGUUAACGUCGGUUAUUAUGCAUCAAUUAUCUCAAAAUAUGCCAGAAUACCAAAAUGUUGUUAAAGAAUACAUAUUUUAGAUGAGUUCCAAAAUAUUUUGUAAAACUAACAAAUCAAUGUAUAUAUGACAAUUGUUUCCAUUUCUCGACUCUUGUCCAAGGAUAAACCCAGGAUGUUUCUGGGUACAUGCUAUCCUGUCACGUGGUUCCCAAGGGAUGUCAUUAAAGUCUCUAAUUUGCUGGC